AUGGGAGUCUCUAAGGUUCUCGCCGACCUCCGGCCUCGCCGAGCAUCCAGUUUCGAUCUUCCGCAUCGUCCCGUCGUAGGAAUCCUCGCCUUCGAAGCCGCCGCCGCUAUGUCGCGCCUUGUCUCGCUCCACCACUCCCUUGCCGACGAUGAGGUCCGCCGCCUGCGAGUAGACAUGAGGUCCCCAGGCGUCGCCUACCUGAUCUCCAAUGACCAGGCCUUUCUACUCCGGGUUGCCUGCGCGGAGAUUCUCGCCGAGCUCGACAAGGCUGCGGUCACCGUCUCCUUCCUCGGACACAAGUGCUGCGACCCCUUGCUUCGUGGCUUCGACCGGCUCUACUCCGACCUCAAGGCCGGCGCCCUAGGCAGCCCCUUGUCCCUUCGCGAGGUCCGCGCCACAGCCGACCUCGACCGCCUCGGCCUUGGCUCCACCGCAAAGCGGGUGGAGAAGCGGAAGGAGAGGAUGGAGAGGUACGUGGCGACGACAUCAGAUCUCUAUGCGGAGAUGGAGGUGCUCAAUCAGCUGGAGGCUUCGGAGAAGCGGAUUGAGCUGCAGCAGCAGCAGCAGCAGUGGCGAGAGCAUAGUGGUCCAAUUACGCUGCCGAAGCCGCCGGGCGUGACUUCGGCGCUGAAUCCGAUCCAUUUGGAGCUUCGUGCGCAGCGCCACAGGGUCCGCCGGCUCAAGGAAGAGUCACUGUGGAACAAGACCUACGACAAGACGGUGGAGCUCAUGGUCCGAGCAGUCGUCACCGUCUUCGCCAGGAUUUGCGACGUCUUUGGCCCCUGCGUCCUCGGUUUGCCUCCCAGCCGCCACCAAAUCCACCAAUUUAACCCGAGUCACCCCGGCAGGCAUUCCUCCGGGCCGUUGGAUCGCCGCGUGGUGCCGCAGCAGGUGCAAUCCUUGAGGAAUUCAGCUCCGAUAUUGAGUGUGACGGCCAAUGAUACGCUCGAACCAACGCCAUUCGACCGUUUGAGAAAAUUGCUGAAAGAAUCCCCGUCGAGCACCGUCGGCGGAUCGGGGCUCGCGUCUCGGUACGCCAACUUGAUAUUGUCGGCUCAGGAGGUGUAUCAAGAACGACAACAAACGGGUCCUCAGGAGGAGGAGAAGGAUGCAGCGGCGGCGGCGAGAGAGAAGUUGUUCCAGAUGAUGCCGUCGGGGAUGCGGGCGGCGGUGACGAUGAAGCUGAGGGAAUGCUGGCGGAGGGAGGGCGGGAAGUCGUCGGCAGACGCCUCGAUGGCUGAGGGGUGGAAGGAUGCUGUGGCGGCGAUCCUGGGCUGGUUGGGGCCGGUUGCGUGCGACACGUUGCGGUGGCAGGAGGAGCGCACCAUGGAGAGAGAGAAACGAUUCUACACCCGGCCGCGGGCGCUGCUGCUGCAAACGCUGCACUUCGCCGACGUCGAGAAGACGGAGGCGACCAUCGUCGAGGUGCUGGUGGGGUUGAGCUGCAUGUCGUGGUACGAGGAAUGA